UACUUGAGACAUUUUUGAAGCUCUUAAAUCAUAGAAAAUACCUUCUCAAUUAGUGAAGCUGUCAUAAGCUGUUAUUUUUCCAUUACAUUGUUCAUUUGUGACUGCUCGUUUAGUAAUAAUUGUAUUUCCGAGUCCGGAGCUUGGCAGCGUUUGACAGGAGGCUGUCCUUGGCUAGCCGAGUUAGCCACUGCGAGCUAAGCAACAAAUACAAAUUCUCUGCUUUCAGUCUGUGUGAAGUUUACGGUCCUGUGACUGUGUGGUCUCCUGCCCCCCUCAGGUUAAGGGCUGAGGGUUGGGCUCAUGUCACUCAGUCAGGCUGAGGAGGGGGGUCUAUGUCAGGCCGCCCCAAAGGACAACACCCAGGACCUGUUUGACAGCUCCACUCAGGCUGAGGCCACAGUGAAAGCACCUGAGGGUCAGGUGAAGGUUUCGCCCGUGGUGGAUGAGGUCUCUCCUUCUUCGGCAUCUUCUUUUGAGAUGCUUGACAUGGAGUCAGUCCCAGCUCCUUACCAAGAAGUGCAGCCUCACUGGUUUUUCUGUCGACGUGCCGAUGAUGACACCUCUUGGCUUCCUUUCAGCAGAGAAGACUCAGACAAACUAGAGAACGCCUGCAACAGCAUAGGAGAUGAGGAGGAGGAUGUGGUGGUGGCUGUGGAUGGAGAGCGAUAUGAUGUACGUGUCAAGGAGAGGAUGCGCUACGCUGUGUAUUGGGAGCAAGCUCCCACUGAAGUUCGCCGCUGUACCUGGUUCUACAAAGGAGACAAAGACACUAAAUUCAUGCCUUACUCGGAGGACUUCAGCAAAAAUCUGGAGGAUGCAUAUAUGAUAGCAGUGACCUUGGACGAAUGGAAGAGGAAGCUGGACUUUCCUACUGGAGAGACUGUUAUCUUACACAAUCCGAAGCUGAUAAUGCAGUAUCAGCCAAUAGGAAUGCAGGAUGACUGGGUGUCCUCCCCUUCGGAGCAGACCCGACCACGAACUGUCAAGAGGGGAGUCGACAAUGUCUUUGUGGAAAUACCUGAUGGUGAAUCGGAGAAGGUGGACCACCUCGUCUUUAUGGUGCAUGGCAUCGGCCCUGCAUGUGACUUGCGCUUCAGAUCCAUCAUACAGUGUGUAAAUGACUUCAGGAGUGCUUCCCUGUCCCUCCUGGCCUCUCAUUAUAAGCGUGCUCAGCAGGAUGGCCAGGUGGGCCGAGUGGAGUUCCUCCCAGUCAACUGGCACAGCGCUUUACAUGGGGAUGCAACCGGUGUAGACGAGGACAUCCAGAGGAUCACUCUACCCAGCAUCAGCAGGCUGAGACAUUUCACCAAUGACACCCUGCUGGACUUGUUUUUCUAUAACAGCCCCACCUACUGCCAGACCAUAGUGGACACGGUGGCCUCAGAGAUCAACAGACUGCAUGCCCUCUUUCAGCAGAGACACCCAGAAUUCAAUGGGGCAGUUUCAGUAGUGGGCCAUAGCCUGGGUUCACUGAUUCUGUUUGACCUGCUUACUAACCAGAGGAAUGGCUCACAAGUCAGAGAAGGGGUGCCUUCUGGUGAGCUCUGUAAUCUGAACUGCGGCACACUGGAGCAGACUCUGAACAGACUGGGCCUACAGCAAUACCUGGAAACACUGCAGGCCGAAAACCUUGAUAUAGAAUCACUGGCUCUUUGCCAAGACAGCGACCUCAAAGAUCUAGGAAUUCCUCUUGGACCCCGGAAGAAGAUCUUGAACUACGUCAGGAGGAAGUGGCUUCCAGAGGUCAGACAGGACUGUAAGACAGAGGCAUUACGUCCAGCGUUGGGGUUGCAAGUUCCACCUCAAACUGCCGGUGAGAACGAUGGUAACCAGUCUUCAAGAGCGACGCCUCAGCAGUCCCAGUUCCACAGGACGCAGUCUGUCACCAGUGCUGUAGACUAUGAAUACUUCGAUGUCGGCAUUGGACAGACCAAUGGAGGCAUAGCCAAGGGACAGGUAUCCAUUGAUUAUCCACAGCUGGCAUUCCAACCUCAGACGUUUUUUGCAUUUGGCUCUCCAAUUGGAAUGUUUCUGACUGUACGAGGGCUUAAACGCAUCGAUCCAAACUACACCUUCCCAACCUGCAAGCGCUUUUACAACAUCUACCACCCAUAUGAUCCUGUUGCAUAUCGGAUAGAGCCCAUGAUUGUUUCAGACGUUGAUGUGGAGCCCAUGCUAAUCCCUCACCAUAAAGGCCGCAAGAGGAUGCACCUCGAGCUGAAGGACAGCUUGACCCGCAUGAGUAUGGAUUUGAAGAACAACGUACUGGGAUCAUUACGUACAGCAUGGCAGUCUUUUGCCAGACUACCUGUUGCUGCUCUGCCCCCAGUGGACGAAGGAGAAUCUUCAAUAGAGAGCAACAUUCAAGAGACACAGGCCUCAGCGGCAGACACUGCUUCUGCUAAGAGGGAAGACAAAAGUGCUGGUUUUUGGACUAAAAUACUGGAGUGGCCCAGGGCCCUUCAUAAGCAUUAUUUCCAAGGAGUGUGUGAGGAGGCAGAGUCCUCAGUAUCAGCAGAGCAGACAGAGCAGCCUGAGAUUAAAAUGGGAAUGCUGAAUGAAGGAAGACGAAUUGACUACGUGCUUCAAGAAAAACCCAUUGAGAGCUUCAAUGAAUACCUGUUUGCCAUCCAGUCUCAUCUGUGUUACUGGGAGUCGGAGGAUACAGCACUCCUGCUGCUGAAGGAGAUUUACGACAAGCUAGGUGUGGCCUUUGAACAGCCUCAACAGUAAUAAAGUUGUGUGAAUGUAAACUUCCUUGCAUGACAGUAAUCUGAAAGUAAGAAAAUGAAAUGAAGGACAGCUAACGGAGCCAGAGGCAGCACAAUCCUCUUCCAGAAUGCCUUACUGUCUUGGUGUUACCUGAUUGCCACAAUCGCUCCUCCUUUGACAGUGGAGACCGUUUGACCGCAGUCAGGUGAUGCUGGUUCACAUAUGCCAGUCAGUUUGAGCCAGUGGCGGCCACUUAGCGUCACUUAAAUUGUCUUUGCAGGAUAUGAGUCGGGUUCUGACAGUUGUUUCAAACCCAUCCAAACAUCACUGUCAUGCUCCUCGUCGCACUUUUUUGAGUCAUUGUUUAUUUUGCUGUAAUUUGCACUUUCAGUAACUAAAUACCAUCAAUACCAGAAACACAGUACUUACAGUAUGUACAUGUAUGUUGUUUAUCUUUUUGCAUUCUAUGUAAAACAGUAAAUGUCUUCAGCUGGCAUUUCUUUGCAAUUGACGACAAAAAUAUUUUAAAAAUCCAGAAUGUAAUCAAAAUGGUAAAUUAUACUCUGAAAACAUUUAUUUCCCAGGCUCUAAAAAUCAUAAAUGUAAAAUUAUAAUUCGAUAAAACAUUGUUUAUGUAUAUUCCACAGGUCAUCUGCUUUUAGACUUAAAGCUCUCUUAACUAAGGAACCUCUACCUUAACAAAACAAAACCAGGUUAGGUUAUUGUUUAACUGUACAUUGUUUGCUUUCAGAUUAGGAAGGUGAAAGGUGAUAUUUUGUCUGUUACAAGUUUCCUGGCAGCUCUAUUGUCUUUGCUGGCGUCAAGGCCUCUUGAAACUCAAAGCUGCUGCUCCUACGUUUGUGCAAUGUUGCAGUAAUGUUGGACGUCAUGCCUGCCAUUUAACAAACAUAAUGUAGUUCUGUACUGGUAAUUAAGGUGAUGUGUGUCAUCACAUUUUGAUUUGAUUUGAAGUAUGUCUGCCACCUGGAUUAUGUCUACCACAUGUAUCUAAAACAAGAAAUCCUAAUGAAGAAUUAUGUCAGAACUGAAGCACGGAAAUGCAGGUGCUUGAAAAGAUGACCUGGUUGUAUUUUUACGGUGUGUUUAAGUGUGUGUGAGUACUGGAUGUUACAACGCUGUGUAAACUGUACAAAAGGGUGCCCUCUAUCCUCCAGGUCUGUGCCAUUCCUCCGUCACCACUCUCUUCUGUCUGCUCUUUUACAGUCGACCCAUAUACCUUUGCUCGAGACCAUAACAGUAAUAUAUUAUUUAUCCUAAAAGCUCAUAUACAUAGUAAUAACUUUUUCAUUAUCUGAGGGCCAAAAGAUACAAGUUCCUCUUGUCUGUUCCUUUGUAUCGAGGUAUUGCAAAUCACCUUUUCUAUCUGUACUGCAUGCACUUCUUUGUACUAUGAGAGCAGAGUUUCUCAAAAUAUUCUGGUCCUGACCCCAAUGUUAGAUCUCAAAAUGUCCAUAUUUCUCACGGACCCAGCAAUAAGAGAAUUUUCAUAUAAAAAUAUAAUUUAAGGGCAUGAUGAAUAAAUUAUAUAAAAAUUGUGUAUUCCAAAGCUAUUCUAUUUUAUAUAAAAGAAUAUAUAUAGUACAAAUAUCAGAAUAUUAUAAAUAUCCAAAAUCUGCAUAUUUGACAACACAAGGUCCAGAUUACAAAGUUUAGAAACUCUGUUAGAAUAAUUUCACUUUAUAAAAGACUCAUUUGUUAAUCGCUGUCAUGGUAUCACGGCCCCUCCAACAAAGCUCUGAAUGAGCCGUUUCUCAGCCCUCUGGGUGUAACAGCUGCACAAUUUAAUAAAUUCACCUAGUGGGGUUGUUCAUUCUCUUCUUUUAGAAAUGCACUUAAUACAAAGUUACCAUGACGAUGUUUUCUUGAACCUUAAUAACGUCUCUGUAAAUGAUGGUGUCUAAACUUGUCUUUGACUCUUCUUCAUUAACAGAGCCACUUGUUGUGGUGUUUGGUACUAAUAUGCUGAUACAUACAAAAAAAAUACCCAAAGGAUUUCCUUCCUGAUUACAUACCCAAUGAAUGUGGUUACAUGUAUUGUGUGCCAUAAUAAAACGUUACAAGUG